UGCUUGGGCUACAAGAGUCUAGAACAGUCUAGAAGACUUAAAAAAAAAAAAAAAAUCUCCCUCUUCCCGGGUUUACUGGAACCCUGUAGAGCUCCUCCCUUCCGCCUCCCCCACACUGAGAAAAGCAGAAACGGCCGUGGGGGCUGUCUCCUGUCGAAGGGAGCUUGUCCUUUCCGCCAUGUCAGGGGCCUUCGAGCUGCAGCCUCUGGAUGGUGGUCCCCGGCUGGCCCUGGCGCCCGGGGAGACAGUGAUCGGCCGCGGCCCUCUGCUGGGAAUAACAGACAAGAAAGUGUCCAGAAGACAUGCCAUUCUUGAAGUGGUGGGUGGUCAGCUUAGAAUCAAACCGAUACACACAAAUCCAUGUUUUUACCAAUCUUCUGAGAAGAGCCAGCUCUUACCAUUGAGAACAGAUCUGUGGCACUGGUUGAAGCCAGGAGAUAGUUUUUCUUUGUCACCUGACAAAUACAUUUUCCGUGUUUACUCUACACACCCUGAAGUGGAGUUGGAAUGUACGUUAAGAAACAGCCAAAUGUUUGAUGAAGAUAGUACACUGAAUGAAACACCAGUAUCUUCCUUGAUGAACUUACCUGAUGUGGUAACUGGUACUUCACAGCUGGAAAGAAGAUUAGCCAUGACAAAGACUCAGACUUCUACUCCUAAUUGUGUGUUUUCCUUAGGUGAAUGUAGAGAAUUCAGUAAACAGCAGUCAAAUCCUACCCAGAGGAAAAGAAUUCUUCCAGCAUGGAUGUUAACAGAAAAUUCAAGUGGCCAAACUUAUUCAGCAUCAAUCAUCAGUGGAGAUAAUAAUGUAAUUCAGGGAAGUGGGAAAGAGGCAACCUACAAAGAUACACCCCCACCAGGAAACAUAACACUGCAAGGAAAAAAGCGAUUAAUUUCUGCCAGAAGUUCAGAAAGCAUACCAGCAGAGCAAGACCCAGGGAAGAAAUGCAGAAAUGCUGACCAGGGAGAGUCUAUUAUUUCAUCCAAGGAAGUAUCACAGUGUUCAACAAUAAAUAACACAGAGGUAAAUAAUGUAAAGAUUGAUCCACAAAGAAACAUAAUUCCAGUAGAAGAACUUGGUGAAGUUUCUGAACAGAAAGCCACCACACAGCAUAAAGAAAACAACGCAACAAACUAUUUGGAAAGUUCUUUGUGUACUCCAGGCAGGUUAUUCAGUGAGUCUCAAGGAUCUCAUCCUGAGUCUAGCUCUGAUCCCUCCAACCCUGCAACUUUGUGUGCAAAGGCAACUGAUUCAGAUUUACAGGUUUCUGAGGAAAACAAGGUUAAAAGAACAUCCUGCAUGUAUGGUGCAAACUGCUACAGGAAGAAUCCUGUCCAUUUCCAGCAUUUUAGUCACCCUGGUGAUAGUGAUUAUGGAAGUGAACAAGCUAUGUGUCAAGAUGAGGCUGAUGAACGACCUUUAUGUCCUUAUGGAGCAUCUUGUUACAGGAAGAAUCCACAGCACAAGAUAGAAUAUAGACAUGUUACAAUUCCAAUGAGAAGCAUUUCAGAUGAUGACAGUGAUAAUGUUGGACAACCCAAUCAGUAUGACCUGAAUGACAGCUUUGUGGAUGAUGAUGAAGAAGAAUUUGAGCCAACAGAUGAAGAUUCUGAUUGGGAACCUGGAAAGGAAGACCUAGACAUGGAAGAUAUGGAAGAGCUAAUGAAAGAAGCAAAAACAUUUAUGAAAAGAAAAAAGUGACACUUCUCUACAAUAAUUUAUAGUUUAUAUGGAAAAAUUCAAGAACUACAUAGGUACUUAAAUGAUAAUUGGUUUCCUUUUUUAAUAUAUAUACCAGAGCACUGCUCAGUUUUGGCUUAUGGUGGUUUGGAGGAUUGAACCUGGGACUUUGGAACACCAGGCAUGAUAAUAUAUUUUUCAUAACCAUUAUGCUAUCUACCCCCACCCUGGUUUCCCUUUGUUAUAGUUAUGGCUUCAUUAUUGACUGUAAAUAAAACAUUGAAACAUCAACCUUCA